GGCAACCCUGUCUUUUUUCCAAACUAACAACACGACGUGUCAUUUGCCGGAUUUGAUUCACAUCGCAGGGAUUUAACGACAUAAAUAUGCACACUGUGUUGACCCGAGGAAACGCCACGGUGGCAUACACGCUGAGCGUCCUGGCCUGCCUCACAUUCAGCUGCUUCCUGUCCACCGUCUUCCUGAACUACCGGACGGAGGCCAACAUCAACACGAUUCGGGUGCUGGUGAAGAAUGUCCCGGACUACGGAGCCUCCCGGGAGAAGCACGACCUGGGCUUUGUGACCUUCGACCUGCAGACGAACCUCACCGGCAUCUUCAACUGGAACGUGAAACAGCUGUUCCUGUACAUGACCGCCGAGUACCAGACUCCCUCGAACCAACUCAACCAGGUGGUCCUCUGGGACAAGAUCAUCCUGCGCGGCGAGAACGCCGUGCUGGACUUCAAGAACAUGAACACCAAGUACUACUUCUGGGACGACGGCAAUGGGCUGAAGGACAACCGGAACGUCUCGCUCUACCUCUCGUGGAACAUCAUCCCCAACGCGGGUCUCCUGCCCUCCGUUCAGGCCACAGGAAAGCACCUCUUCAAGUUCCCGGCCGACUACGCCACCUCGUCCAUUUAGAGCUAGGAAUGCUAACUGAAGCCGGUUCCAUUCGGGUGCCGUAGAUUGUAGUGUGUAUCUAAUAAAACCCCUAAUAAAAUCUCUGUGUAAAGAUUUCGAAGGGAGUCUGGAUGUCCCAGUCGGAGGGAGCUCCUUCAAAGUAA